CUCUGUUUCUUUUUCUUCUCUGCACUGCCUGGAUUCUACUGGGCUGGCCCAAAGAUGACCGCUCCAGUCUAGCAGAGGAUACUGCCAACAUGAUUACUUCCAGGUGAUUGCUCGCGAUCUCCAACGAAGGCCUUUCUGUCGGCAAGGCAAGCGGGGCGGGCUACUCGAUUAGUGAAACAUGCUGGUCUACGUAGCUGCUUGCUGCAAUGAACACCAAUGACCGGACGAUUCAGCCCUUGCCACCGGCUGUGGUGUCGAAAAUAAAGUCUUCGACAUCCAUUACCAGUCUCAAGGGUGUGAUUAUCGAGUUGAUCAAGAAUGCCUUGGAUGCAAGUGCUCGUACAGUCUAUGUCACCGUCGAUUUUCCCCGCGGAGGCUGCAUCGUGGAGGAUGACGGAGAUGGCAUUCCGCCCGUUGAGUUCCACCCAAGUGGUGGGUUAGGCAAGGCGCAUCAUACUUCACAGCUUUGCGCAGAACGAGUUGUGUACGGUCAUAAUGGGUCAUUUUUGGCCUCCUUAUCCGCCUUGUCGAUGUUGACCAUAACAUCACGUCAUUUUCGGCAUACUAGCACAAAUACUAUUGCAUUUCACCAUGCCACCCCAGUCGUCCGGUUAACCCCAGCCCCGGCAUAUCAUGAACUUAGGUUUAGCGCUCAUGGCACAAGUGUUACAGUCAACGAUCUGUUUGGCAACAUGCCAGUACGAGUAAAGAGUCGUGCGUUGGCUCUACAGAAGUCCGAUGAAGUGGACCGGCAAUGGGAUGACCUGAAGCAGCUACUCGUAGCGCUUAUGAUAGCGAACAAUCAACUAGCGAAGCUUGUGAUCAUGGACGCUAAUAAGGAAAAGAAACACUGCUUAUAUCCGAAGAACGGAGGCCAUGAAACAGGUGUGAUGUUGGACCUCCAACGCAUCAACUCUAUUUUAAAUCAAGCCUGUCUGGUGGAUGCCAGAGGUUUUGAGCACUGGGAUGUCGUGUCGGCCAGUGUUUCGGGCUUUCGAAUCCAAGUUGCUAUAUCAUGCAUUCCCAGUCCCACAAAGAAGGUCCAGUUUGUCUCUCUGGGUACAACCCCCCUACUACCGUCUAGUAGUGCCAACAUAUUCUACACUGAGGUUAACCGUCUCUUCGCGUUAUCCGACUUCGGUGCUGCGAAAAUUUCACUGCCUCAGUCAGUGAAAGAUAGAGCAGCUGUGGAUAGCUAUGGGACGCUAAUGGAGUCUAGUUCCAAGGUGUCUGCCAAAUGGCCCAUGUUCUACAUACGCAUCAUUACUCAGCAUCGUACCGAUCUCGAUGGUGAUACUCAAGGUGUUCCUGAGUCAGACCAAACCGUCCAGCGUAUCUUAGAUGUCCUUGGAGCAAUGCUGAACGAAUUUCUCAGUCAGCGGGGCUUACGACCGCGCGCCCCAGCUAGAAAAAGAAAGAUCGAGGCAACGGUGGAUGCUGUGAAGCCCGACGAAUCUGAAGCCGAACGCUCAGAUACAAGUGACAUCACGGAAAAGAUUUCGAACCGUCAUAUAAAGACACCUAAUCUACGACGAACGCCAACCGUCAGUCACCACUUCGGAGGCUGGUCCCGAAUCAAGAGCGCCAGCACCAAUCUGAAAAAUCAUAGUGCAAAUUUGGCAUCCAAACCCACGAUCGCAAUCAAUCGAAACCUACCACAGAGGUCAGCGCUACCACCUGAAGUAGCUCCCGGUGAUGAAGGAGUUGCACAACGUUUUAGGAAACAAAACCACUACGCGGCCUGCAAUGAGACUAACCCAAGCGACAAAAACUCUGACCAAAUCAUCCCCUGGACUGACCCUUACACGGGUCGGGGCCACUUGAUCAACUCCCGGACCGGUCAAUCCAUUGGGGCCGAGUCUUCAGCCCUUUCCUUACGGCCGCGGUCCACCGGGUCCUUCUUGACGAAGCGAAGUAUCAAAGGCCAAGAUCGACCCAGAUCCUCCAUCUUGCCGCGGGCCCGAAAUACCUGGGUCGAGAAUCUCCUGGGUGAUUGGAAAAGCCCAAUAUUUGGCCGUCCUGAACGACCCAUCGGCGCCCUCGACACUGAGGCGAGCCUCCGAACAGAUACUCCCAUUACUCUUCAAUCACACAACUUCGGAAUGUCUAAAUACCGUGGUAAACUUCGCAAGCAUGAUCUUUUCAAUUGUCAAAUUAUCGCACAAGUCGACAGGAAAUUUAUUCUCGCCGAAGUUCGACCUUCCUCUUCGAACCCUAACAGCACCCUGAUUCUGAUUGAUCAACAUGCUGCCGACGAACGCUGUCGCGUCGAGGCGCUUCUAGCUUCCUUUCUCCCCACUAAGCUUACAGACGCCCCCCCGGCUGUCAGACUCGCGGAUCCGAUCAUAUUCGAAAUUCCACCCACGGAGACCUCGAUAUUCAGAAGGUACCAACAGUUCUAUAGAGGGUGGGGGGUAGACUAUUCGAUUGAACAAGGCCCCAAAGAUGCGACCGCCUUCGUCUUCGUGAGGGCACUGCCCACGCUCAUUGCAGAGCGGUGUCGUACGGAGCCGGAGCUGGCCACGGAGUUGAUCCGUGAGGACAUUUGGCAACGUGAGGAGAGCCGUCGUGGCUUGGGUCUUCGCAAGGAUGAGAACCUGGGCAUAUCUCGUUCAAGUACCGGGCAAGGGACUCGCGACGACGCCACCAGCAGCAGCAGCAGCAGCAGCAUCGGCAGUAGUAUCGUUGCUAGCAAGAGCAGCUGGGUCAGUCGCCUAGACGGCUGUCCCCGGGGCAUUGUCGACCUGCUCAAUUCGCGCGCUUGCCGCUCGGCAAUCAUGUUCAAUGACAUCUUGAGCGUGGAGGAUUGCCGAAGCCUGGUGUGCCGACUGGCAAAUUGUACGUUUCCAUUUCAGUGUGCGCACGGAAGACCAUCUAUGAUACCCAUAUUGGAUAUCAAAUCAUCCAUUUCACCAGGCUUGGCUUCGGACCUGGACUGGGACCGAACAGACGAGUAUACUUGCGACGAGACAUUCGAUGGUGGCAAUUUCACAGAUGCGUAUAAGCGUUGGCAAUGCAUUACAUCAGAGCUUCUUUGGGAGAAGUCGAGCUUACGGCUGUAGCUAGACAGUAUACAUCUGCAACAUGAGAAUUAACCAACUUAAGAUCACAAGUGACCGUGCAUUAAUUUAGGGGCCAGGUUGCAUUAGCCGUGAGCCUAAUAUGUGCAAGAUAAAUGAUACAGCCCUUGGUUCCCCGUCCUUGUGCCAUCCCAAUCCAAAAAUACCCGGUCC